CUCGCCUUUCGUUGGGGUUUCUCUCAUUUUCACACACUCACACAGUAACAAUGGCGCCGGCGAAGCAGAAGACGGCGAAGGUGAGCAGAAACCCCGAUUUGACCAGGGGAGUGGGCAAGUUCUCACGCUCCAAGAUGUACCACAAGAGAGGGCUUUGGGCUAUUAAGGCCAAAAAUGGCGGCACUUUUCCCAGCCAUGAGAAGAAGCCGGAGGAGCCUGCGCCAGCAGCCGUGAAGCCGGUGAAGUUUUACCCCGCCGAUGACGUGAAAAAGCCGCUAGCCAACAAGCGCAAGCCCAAGCCCACGAAGCUCAGGGCAAGUAUUACACCUGGGACCGUGUUGAUAAUUUUGGCUGGGAGGUUUAAGGGCAAAAGAGUUGUGUUCUUGAAGCAGCUUUCUUCUGGAUUGCUUCUUGUUACUGGACCGUACAAGAUUAAUGGUGUUCCAUUGAGGAGGGUCAAUCAGGCAUAUGUCAUUGGCACUUCAACUAAGGUUGACAUAUCUGGUGUAAGUGUGGACAAGUUUGAUGAUAAGUACUUUGCCAAGCAAGUCGAGAAGAAGAAGAAGAAAGGAGAGGGCGAGUUCUUUGAGGCUGAAAAAGAGGCGAAGAAUGUGCUCCCGCAGGUUAAGAAGGAUGACCAGAAAGCUGUGGACACACAGUUGAUAAAAGCCAUUGAAGGAGUUGAAGAGUUGAAGGCCUACUUGGCUGCAAGGUUUUCUCUCUCGGCAGGCAUGAAACCUCAUGACCUAGUCUUUUAGAGGAAUUGAUGUGCCAGAUUAUUAUUACUGAUUUUGUUGUUUUUAUUUUUUUGAUUUUGAUCCCUUUGAGCUGUAGUUUUUCGGUUGUACUUCUUUUCGGUGGUAAACAAAUUUUGCAUUAGUAAUGGUUUUGUAGCUACAACUUGGAAUUUAAAAUGGUCAAUUACUCCUUUCCUUUGUAAUGUUGUA